CGAGAAGCACGCGAAGGCAGCAGAGCUAUUAGUUGUUUUACAUUCUAAAAUGACGGACCCGACAACGUCGCCAGAGGACCACUGGAAAACAGACGGUGCUUUCAGCGACAGUGGCUUUGACCCUAGUUUCUUUGCUGAAACUGUCAGAAAGGGUUCAGUUGUAUCCAGGGCCAACAGCAUCGGCUCGACAAGUGCCUCUUCAGUACCAAAUACAGAUGAUGAAGACAGUGACUACAGACAUGAGACGUCCUAUAAGGACUCGUAUAAAGAUCGACGGAGACAAGCGCACACACAGGCUGAGCAGAAGCGUAGGGAUGCUAUCAAGAAAGGCUACGAAGACCUCCAGUCCAUAGUACCAACCUGCCAGCAGCAGUCUGAAUUUGCAGUGGGAGCACAGAAGAUCAGCAAGGCUACUGUGCUACAGAAAACAAUCGACUACAUCCAUUUUCUUCAUAAAGAAAAGAAGAAGCAAGAGGAGGAAGUUUCUGUACUAAGGAAAGAAGUGAUGGCGCUGAAAAUCAUGAAAACGAACUAUGAGCACAUAGUGAAGGCCCACCAGAACCACCCACAGCAGGGAGAGGAUCAGGUGUCUGACCAGGUCAAGUUCAACAUCUUUCAGAGCAUCAUGGACUCCCUGUUCCAGUCUUUUAGCAGUUCUGUUUCAGUGAGCAGCUUUCAAGAACUCUCCGCCUGCGUUUUCAGCUGGAUUGAGGAGCACUGCAAGCCACAUACGCUGAGGGAGUUUGUCGUAGGAGUGCUCCGGCAGCUCAACGGUCAGCUUUAUUGAUUGAGUGAAACCUCUGGACUUACCUCCUCAGAAAAUUGACUUUGGGCUUGCUCUGGCCUCUCAGGGUGGAGAAAAAACUUCAAUCAGCCUCAGGCCACACACUACACUCCCUUCAGCUCAUCAGUGACUCCCUGGCUGCAAUUGGAUUACCUCAACCUCCCACUAUGGGCAGGGAUGAGAAGUUGCAUUGGAUUGAGCGGUCACAUAUUUUAUCAGAAGGGACCACUUUCUGAUUCUAAGUCUACAUACAUACAGAUAGCUGAGUAUAUUCCAGCCUCUGCUGAAUGUUCAUAGUUCUUACUAUUGUUCUGCUAAGAAAUGCAGGGGAAACACAAAAUAUAACAGUUUGCAAAUGAAUGCAUCAGUUAGACAAGACAGUGUGCAUUUAGUUGGGAGUCACAGUCUGAAGUAACUGGAGUUGCCCUUAAAUAAAUCAAAACCAAGACUCCUCUUACAGAUUGAGUUGAUUGAUCGUGUUGCUUCUGCAAUCUAUCAACCCAAUGGGAAUUGAGAGAAGGGUAAUGAAAAAUGUAAAAACUCAUGAGCCCACACCCCCUCUGUUACAUCAAGCAUAUGUCGGGAGCCUAAUGUUUAUCUAAAGGGCUCCUAUCAGCUCCAGGGCACAAACAUUUGGAGUCAGCCAUAACACUCUUGAACCAUACUGUAGCAGACAAUGUUAAAUACUAUACUACUGCAGGGUAACUCAUUUCUCCUACCAGCAAUCAGGAACACGCUCUAUGGCGCUUCAGCAUUUUAGUACUGAGGUUUAAAAACAAACUCUUCUACCUUUUUAUUGUGACAAAAUUGGGAGUUUUUUUCCCCCCAUUAACACAACUGUGACAAGCUGACAAAAAUGCUGUAAUCUCAUGGGUGACAGGUGUGCAAUGUAGACAGCAUUAUGAUUUUUAAUCAUAAUAAAUAAAUAAAUAUAAAUAUAAUAUAUAUAUAUAUAUAUACACACUAACUAACUAAACAUGAUUGUGCUUCACUGCACAUUGUGAAGAAAUUCUGUUUAGUUAUUUAGGAGAUGUUAAAUACAAAAUGUUGAUUUUGAUUAACCUUUCAGAUUGCAGUUUACUCUACAAUAAGUACUUAAAUUGACGUAAAUGUCAUAUUUAAUUUUCAGUCCUUUUUAAAACCAACACGACCACAUGCUUUACUUUGGUUGUCAGUGGCUUUUAUUGUCAGUAACAGUUUACUCAAAAUGGUGAAUAGUCAACACCACUAAGUGGAAAAUGUUCAGACUCUUCAGGGCUGAUACUUUGUGAAAACCAUCACUGUACUGAGAUUUAUAGUCACUGUAAUGAAUUGAAAAAGAUUUAACUUAAAGCUAAUUUCCGUGAUGGCUUUGUUUCCAUCAUCUGAAUAAGUAAAAUCUGUCAUACAAAUGACUAAUCUAUUUGAUACAGAAUUGCUUUAAUGUUGUUGCUUUAAUCACAGGGAAGUGUUAAUUUUUGUAUCCAGUCUUGUUGCUUUAAGUAUUGUCUUUGAUAGUUUUUAAAAAGAAAAGAGGCACCUACUGUAUCUCACCUUCCAAAGAGUGAAGUGGACCUAUGUAAAGAAAGAUAUUGAAUGUUUGUCGUGUUUCAUUUUCCCCAAUUAAAAUGGAAAUAAAAGUGCAGCAGAAAAGGACAACUCAUAUGGCUGGGCACUGGUCCCCAUCUCUGCAGCAAGAAAAUAUCUUUAAUAUUUGAAGAUAGUUAAAAGAAAAGAGUGGAGUUUGAUUUUUUUUGUUGUUGGAGAAAUUCUUUUAGCACAAGUUAUUGUCAUGAACAUUUAAUAACUUGGAAGCAAUACAGAGUUAAACAGUACAAAGGAUGAUUAACAAAGGAGAGGGGGAAAACAUGACAACCCUCCAUAAUACCUGAAGGUCAUGAAUAACCCUUCAUGCUUUAUACAUUGUGGUUCUUUUAUGAAGUUUUCAAAAAACAUGGCACAAAUAUGGACUUAACCAUAUGAACAAAGAACUUACAGCUCUCCAAGCAAUAAUGAUUUUUGACAUUUUCAUCACAGGCUCAGGAUUGGUUUUACGGCUUUAAAAACGUAAACAAAAUUAAACCAAUGUUGCCUAUGAGGUAUCAAGCAUCUGUCAGUGCUGUGUAAUGAUGUGACGUAGUGUUAGUGUCUUGAAAAUGACAGCUAUUUUUGUAAAAAUAUACUUUAAAUUACAGUGGAAGUUUUUUUCCAUUGAACUUUUAUUAAAGAUGUACUAUUUGUUCAAGAGAGAGACUAUAAAUAAAGAAUGUGCUGUGGCUCA